GGACAGUUCGUCCAACAGGCAUCAUGUCCAUGGACCUGAUGAAAUGAUAGCCUUGUAGUAUAUGUAAAUAUUCACCAGCUACCAUAGGUGUAGAUCUUUUAUUUUCUUACACCACGGCUAUAAUGGAAAUUCAGUCUGUUUUCGAGCCUGUUACGCCGGGCCUAUCAUACAUCAAUGCCAGCUAUUGGAAGAACGAAGACAGCGGUUACCACACGUCUUAUACUCCAGGUUCCAUAGAAAGCUCGCAUUUACUAAACGAGAACAUUGAUAGUGCAAUUAUUCAAGGUCAAAUAAGAAUUGCGGAAAUUCCUGCAGUUUACGGCUCAACUCCUGCAGUUUACGGCUCGACUCCUGCACCAAAUUUUCAUGUGACGCGCAAGUAUCGUCGCACGCCUAUAAGCAUUAGAUCGAGAAUUGAAAAUAUCCCGGAAUCGCCCGUUAAUCCACGUGGCGUGAAACGUCCUUACCAAUAUGAUGAUGAUAACAAUUACAGCUCUACAUCUACUCCAACAACUAAGAUUGCAGGUGGCCUUCAAAAACUAAAGAUGACUGGUGAUACCCCUAGUCAAAGAAGUAUAAUAGUGUCAUCAGUACAUUCUGACUAUUCAACUGCUAGUGACAUUUUCCACCCAAAAGAGUAUGUACCCAAUUUAUCAUAUCCCACAACCCCUAUCAAAAAGAUUUGCCAUACUAGUUGCAAGCUGAGUCCAUCAAAAAGAUCUACCAAGAAAAGCAGUUUCACUAUUCACUCCUUGUCAUGUGAAACCCGAGGUGUCAUAAAGCAAAGGUCCCACCCAAAAGUAGUCAGGACAAUUCAGUUUAUGCCUGAUCAAAAAAUUGACAUUGUACAGAUGUUGUAUGCGCGUGAAGGUGCUAUACCACCAAUUACAAAAAUCCUGAGUUACUUGUCAAAUGAAGACAUUCAAACAUUUUGUCUUGUAAGCCCUCUAUGGAGGAACAUUUGGAAUGAUUUGGGUACUUCAAAAAAGAAACGAUAUAAAAAUUACUUGAAAGAAAAGAAGGACAAUCAGGAAAACUGUACAGUACAAGCAAAGAGAGACAGUGAUGGAUGUCAAAUUAGGUCUGUUGCAGAAGUGCACAAUGUAUUGAAUGCUCAUAAAGUGGCCAGUUCUUCAAGAAGCCCACCAGGAACACCAAGAACUAAUAAGUUCAAAAAGUUUACCAAGGCUGCUUCCAAGGACUCUCGAGUUCAGCUAUCGUGUGUAAGGUGCCGACAGCCAUCAAAGGUAACAAAAGAACCUACAGGAGAAGAGUGGGCAGAAUGUACCAAUAUUACAUGUGCCUAUAGAUACUGUAGAUUUUGUAAGUGUAACCGACAUCCAGGUAAGACUUGUAUCAUAUAUGAUCUAGAAGGCCCCAGUCCUUCUAAAAGAAAGAAAAACACAGGUGGUGUCUGUACAAAAAAGAGCAGAAAAAACCUGCACAGACUUAUGUACUAAAUAAUACCCAGUGCACGAAAAAUCUGAUACCAUUAUCCGUAAUUAAAUUACAUAUAAUUGUUUCAUGUUCCAAAGAUACUUACUUGUUUUGUAAAAUUAAAGCUGUUUGCCAUAUCUUUUUCAAGGCCACAUACGCAAAAUACUCUUACAUUAAAUUCAGACAGAACAUUUGAAGAGAAAUUACUAAUGGCACUUAAAUAAAAAAUCAUAAGAUCAAACUAAUGCUUAAAAUCCAAUGUUGAAAAGCUAAAUAUUCUUAGUACUUUUUCUGGAUUUGUGAGUCUGAUAUCUGGUACCUUAAGAGCAAUACAAAUAAAAGAACAAUAUGUAAAAUUAAUUUGUUUAUAUCACUUUGGAUGUUGAAAAUAGGGAUAGUCAAGUCAGUCAUGAUUUUAAGAAUAAUCUUAGCUGUAAAGCUAAAGCAAAAUUCAGUGUCUGAUACAGUGCCAUGUUUUAUUUUUACUAUUUUUAUUUGUUAUGGCAGUCAUAAUAAUGUCAUCUCAAACUCACCUGUAACUUUCAAAACUCAAAGAGUUAUGUGGGUACGAUUUAUAUACUCAUAUUUUUUAUUCUCUUGUAUGGGGUACAAUCCCAUCGAAACUUAGAUUUAAUUAGUGCUAGAAUAAUAUUUUAGGAAUGUGAAAUUUUAGACUGAUAUUUGCCAUUAUUAUAGUUUCACUGACAAGUUGCAAAAACUUAUAAAUAGUAAUUAGUUGUAAGUUCUUGAUUAUUUUAUUCUAUUUAAUAUUGAGAUACCUGUAAACAGUGUUAUUGAAAUGCCGAGAAUCCAUAUUUGAAAUUUUAUUUGUAUAUUUUUUUAAAUAAUUACCAUCUGAACAAUAAAAGACAUGUUUUAAAAUAUUUCAUUCCAGAUUAUCCACUUUCGAAUUUUAAAAUUUGACAUUAAUUGUAUUAUCGAGUUUUUAGGCUUUUCUCAAUUGCUAAACAUUUGAAAGGAAGCCAUUUUUUUGGCAUCUAAAUUGCAUGUUUUUGUGUUUUGACACAUACCAUGUUUCGGGCUCUUUACGGGUUUCAUAGUCACAGCGAAAAAAAAAAACAAAUACCUACUUCCGAUUAGAUCCCAAAAAAAGGCUUCAAUUUCAAUUAAUUUUAUUAUUUAUUUUUUAAAUUUCACAAGUGUGCAUUUUUAGUUAAGUAUACUGUAAGCUUCAGUCCACACUUUGAAGUACAAAACAGUUUUAACAGAUUACUGUGAUAUUACAUAUUAUAGGUUUUGACUACAAUAACAUAGUUUGUCUGGACCAAUAAUUUAUUUUAAAAAGACUUUUAACCUAAGGCCACAAAUAUUGGUACACAGAAGUCCAUAUCAUCAACUCAUUAGACUGUUUUCGCAAACAUCACUUUGUUUUAAGAUUGGUAUUAUCAAUAUAAGUACUUGAGAAUGUGUAAUAGGUGCUCCUAUUACCUACUAUAAGUAACCCUUAAUUUGUGAUUGUUAUUACUUUGUCAUCUCAAACUGUUUAUUGCUUUUAUUAUGCAGAAAAGCAGAUUUUUUUAGUGAUGGGUAUGCAGUGCGUGUCACGGCUAUGCGACACGGAGGGAAACUUUACAUAUUGAAGAUAGGAUAGCAUGCUUCAUGGAUACAUUAUUUUAUUUUUAACAUAUGCAACACUGGACUAUAUUUCAUGGUGUUCCUUUAGAACACCAUGAAAUUUUACAUUUAAGUUUAGGAAAAUAAACUAUUAUGUUUUACUGUCGAUAUACAUACCUCUAAAAAUAUCGCCAUUAUAUCACAGAUAGCUUUAAUUAUUUGCUAUUAAGUACUCAUUGAUGAAACUACUUUCUUGCAUUGUUUAUUGAGUGCUAGAUAAAAAUGUUAAUAAUCUUAUAUUUGCAUGCAUAUACCCUGUGAGCUAGAUAGGAGGCGGAAUUUGAAAUAUUAGAUAAAUUGGAAGUUUCUUUUUUGAAUAAAUUUUAUAAUUGAAUGGCAUUAUUUUAAAUUAAGAUACUGUGUUACUUAUAAGGAAUUAAUCCUAGUAAUCGAUCCUUUUGAUUAGCAUCAUAAAAUGCAGACUUUUCACGUUCACAUAAGGCAAGCAACUUUUUAAAAGUCCUUGAGUGCUUUAUUUUAUUUACUUUUAAAAAUAAAAUGUCCUGGAAUCACAAUAUCAUAUCACAGUAUUUAAAAUACUUUUCCUUCGUGUCCUAUAGCCGUAAGACGCCCUGUAUAAAAAAAUCUCAUACUCACAAUUGAGUCCAAAAUAGCUACUCGUUAUCCUGUACAAAUAAAUAACACUUUGUUUUUCAUAAACAACAGAUUGGAAUUUGAUUUGCAAUCUAAAUCGUAUUUAAAACCAUAAUCAACAAUAUAGUAAACUGUUGAAUUCCUAUUUCUUAUUCGUUCAUAUGAUUUUAAUUUUAGCUAGCCACAUGAUACGUACGCGUUUUUGCCUCCUAAUUUAUUUGUGAAUAUUAUUGUCUCAAACGGCGGGACCAAGUUGUGUUGACCUUUUAGUUAUAUUUUUAGGCUAAUUAAAGCCUUUUGCUUUAUUCUAGUUUUAAUUCUUGAGUUGUCUAAUCUCAUCUGAACUUUUAUUCCAUAAAGCAAUAAUACUGACUUGUAGACUACUGAUGAAUAAGUAUUGUAGAUGUCUUACAAGUAUUUUAAUUCAUAAUUGUCAGUAUAUUUUGUUGUAUGGAGUGAAGAUGAAUUUACAUUGUUUAAUAUUA